CGGCGGAGGGCUGGAGCCGGGCCGCGCCGCGGCGCUGCGUGCCGGGAGGGAAGGGAGAGGAAGGGAGAAGGAGGCGGCCCGGCCGGGUCACGCCCGCCCCUGGCUCCGGCCCUCCGCCGCCCCUUCCUGUGAUGGCGGCCGGCGGCCCCCGGCAGCGCGGCGAGGCGGCGCGGGCCGGCCCCGCGGGGAGCUGAGCGGGGACGUUCCCAGCCCGGAGCCAGCGGCGCUGCCUUGCGCCGGGAGAUACCACAGAGGUCCCUGCAUUCCAGCACUUCCAUCGUUUAAUUUCCCUGUGAGGUCGGCAGCAUGUCUUCUACCGGGAGCACCUCAAAACUUUUCCUGGCCCUCGCUUCGCUGCUGCUGGUGCUGCCAGCAGUUGAAGCCAUGGAUGCAGGCGAUACGAUUGCCUUCCUGCUAGGCCUCGCUGUAAGCGUCAUUGGAUUCUGUGCCUGCCUCGGCUUGUAUGCCAGGAAAAGAAAUGGACAGCAAUGAUGUCAAGAAGAUGCUCAGAUGAAGUGUAUUUCCAAAUACUGCUUGGGGUUGACAUCUGGGAAUUAACAGUGUUCCAGUUCUGGAUAGCUUUCAAAAACUUGUAGUAGGUAAUUCUGCAAACCCCUCUUACUGUGCAAUAUAACAGAUUGAGAUUGUACCCAGUAGAAGGGAUUUGUAGGAUCCCGUCCUCAUGACUGUAAGGUGAUUUUACAUUGCUUGUGAUUAAAUACUGCCUUAGCAAAGGGUAAAAACUGUUUGAAUGGGGAAGGAAAACCAUAGAGUGUUUCACAGUAAAUGAUUACAAAUGAAAUGUGUGAGGGACCUUCAACAAGGUCCACAAUUUUGGUUUCAGGGGUUAAUCAGGUGGAAGCAGCUAUAGUCUUCCAGUCAGGAUGACAGAGCUUUGGAAAUACCUCUAACGAGACAACUAGCGAGCAGACUGCUUUGACAUGUGUGCAUGUGCUCACAUUCUUUGUAAUGACAGUUAGUACCUAACAGCUCACUUCUGCUGUCACAGGGACAAGAUUUGGGAGAGCUAAGAAAACAUGGAAAACUCCAUUCUAUUGUGUUUUUAUUUUAGAAUGUGCCCCUUCUGUAGUCCGGGUUCUUGUUACCAGAAUGGGACCAUUAAUUUUCUUUAACCUGAAUUUUGCAUGUAAAGCUACAUAAAUCAACUGUUAUGUUUUGUCGUCACAUGUUUAUUAUUUGCACUCAGCUUCCUUUACGCACACAAGGUUUAAAUUUUUUUCUUCCUUUUUUUUUUCCUAUAAAUGAAGAUUUAACUAUUUUACUGAGGAAUUAUGUAUAGUGUUUCUGCAUUAGAGGGUUGUUAGAAAUAUAUCAAGGCAGUUGUGCACAUUUCUUUUGCAAUAUGGAAAGGACUUGGUUUGUUAAAAUCCUGGUUUUAGUCAACAGAUCUGUUGUUCUUGAGUGUCAUCCUUAUAGCAAACAUAGUGUUAUUAGCUAAACAUUUAGGCAUCUUAUCUGUUGAUACAUUGGAGUUUCAUG